AUGGAAACAUUAGCUGGAGUGUUAAAUGCUCUCAUAAAUACUACAAUAAACAAGGAUAACGAAGAAAACUUAAUGAAUGUUAAACUUAUUGCAGGAGUUUUGAAGUUCAGUUAUGUGAAGGAGUUUAAGAUACCAAGAAUGAGUCAUAGAGUACAACUUCUUUUGGGUGCAUACCAUAUGACAUUUCCUUUGAAAAGUGUUGACAAAACGAUUGAGAUGAAAUCUGUUCCAUACGUAUGUUAUGGUAAUUGUUUAUACAUUGAGUCUAAAAUAGCUAAUGUCACAGGCAUUUCAGGAGUUAAUAGUAAAGGUUCAGUAGAAUAUAAAUCCUUCUGUUAUGCAGUCAAUUCAAUGUUCAUUCCAAACGUUCCUGUCAUAGCAACUCAUUUAGGUAAAUGGGUUCGCAUUAGUCCUCAUAAUUUGAAAGACAUGCAAUUCAGACUUGUUGACUUUCAAGGAGAGCCUGUAGAACUGAAGGCACCAGUGCGAAUGACUGUUGAAGUUGACUUUUUAGAAAAUAUUAAAUGCAACAGCUUACAAGAGAACUCAGAGCUAAAAAUAUAA